AUGGAGGUCAACAGACCUACUAAUGGGGCGCUGAACACACUUCAGGAGAGUGGUGCUCCGCUUGCACCACCUGCUCGUCGAGUUGGGACUGGAGUCACCUUGGCUCCAAUCACUCCGAGUAUCACCACGUCUCGCAUCAGGCGUGAAGAGCCAGAGGACAUACCCCAGAUCGCCAGCAAAGAUAAAGGCAAAGGUAGAGACCUCACUAACUUGGGCUCAUCAGACACAGAGGAGAUAGAUGAAGGAGAAGACGACGAGGCUGAGAAGUCUGAUGAAGAGGGCAACAAGGAGAAAGAUGCUGAUGCUGGUAGCAAUGGCGAUGAAGAUGGUGAGCCGAAGAAGACUGACGAUGAGGACGACGAUGAGGACGAUUCCACUGAGGUGCCCAUGCAUGCUGACUUUGUUGAAGUGAUGUGCACACUUGUUGUACAAAUGUAUAACAAAGUUGCGCUAUACCAAGCGCCCGGUUCCCACGCAUUGGGGACCACCCAUAGACACUGCCAACACCCAUUGGGACGACCCAGGUCAUCAUGGGAUGACUGGUGUUGA